UGCUAUGUCCCUGUAACCCCUGUAAAACCUACGGACUGACCUUCUGCAAUCUUACUGGCAAGAAGCCAAAGCUUCUCCUCCCCUUUUCCUGACCCUAGAAAAGACCCUAGACUUUGAAGAACUUCCUCUUUGUCCCCUGGAAGCCAUGAAGAAAUAAACCAAGGAAAACCCUGGGAGAAAGAGCCUCUUUGUAUCUUUUAUCCUGUUCACGUCACCCAUCCCAGGCUUGCCUUGCUACAGAAUUGCCAGUGAGCAGGGAAGCCUUGGCAGGGAGAGACAGUUGGCAUCCAACUGUGGUGCUUUUCAUUAGAGAGCCCACAGGAGUGACUGGAGUCCUACAAGGAUUCACUAAGUCCACGGACAAGUCAAUUACCCUGAAGGCAAAAAACCUGCUUUUACAGCAGUUUCAGCUUACAGGGACAAAGCUGGGAAUUUGCCUUAGCCCAAAUGGCGAAUGGCUUCUGAACGGGAACCGAAAAUGCACAGUUUUAACAGCCCCGGCACUCGCUACAGAACCUUUCUGGACCGUCUUCGCGUUCAGGUGGAAAGACAGGUACCAGAUCCAGCCGUGCAAGCUGAGUUAAUAAAGGAGAUAGCUCAGUGGAACGCUAAUGAAGCCUGCCGCAGCAUCAUUCUUAGCCUUCCCCUUGAGCCACCACCUAGUUUAGCACAGAUGAUUGAAGCUUGCACCAGAAAAGCAGACGUGUUCAGUGCACCAGAGAGGAAUCCAGGACCAGCACAACCAAAGUCAGCAGCAGCUGUAACACCAGGACCUAGGAAGCAACUGGUACCACCACAACAGCUGCAGCAUAUCACCUGCUUCCAGUGCAAGAAGACAGGACACUAUGCAAGGGACUGCCCACACAACCAGAAACAGAAGAAGACCAACAAACAAAAAAAACUAGGUGUACCCGCCAUAAAUACAAUAACGCACCAAGACACAAAUAUAGCGGGUACCACACUGGCAAAAGCCUCUCUCUUCAAAACAAAGGGGGAGGAUGGGACAAAUGGUGUGGGGAUUCAAGAUAACAUAAAUGUUAAAUGUUCAAUUAACAAGGGUUGGAAGCCUCUUGGUCGUUUCAACCUUAUGACUACAAAAGGUUUUUAUUUUAUGUCAACAGAGUGGAUAGUUAUUACAGUGGACCUGCGCUGUGAGUGUUUUGCUAUGGAGGACACAGCACACACACCCUUGGAGAUAGAGUUACUUCCCAUGUCCUUGAAGGGAAGCAUCUCCUGUCUCAUUCUCUUAGCAUGCUGCUCUCAACCACCAUUUUACCUGGUCAAGGGGCAAAUCCUCGCCCAGGCCAUUCCUGUUCCAAAGGAAAUCACAGCAGAAGGAAAAUCACCUGAAGUCUAUUGGGCAGAAGUGGUGGGUGAGAACAAACCAUCUCUGGCAUGCAACCUGACCCAUGGUUCAGACCAUCUCCAUGUGGAGGGGGUGCUGGACACAGGGGCAGAUGUGACGAUCAUACCCGAAAGGAUGUGGCCGUCACACUGGGAAUUGCAACCUGUGGUAGGCAAAAUCCAAGGUUUAGGAGGAUUCAAAUCAGCAAAAAUAUCAAAAAGCAUCAUGCAAAUUGAGGGGCCAGAUGGAAAAAUGGCUAGUGUUUGUCUGUUUGUUACAGACUAUAAGUGCCCCCUGUGGGGAAGAGAUACCGUCUCCCAGUGGGGAAUGAGAAUAGUUAUCCCCAAAACUCCCUAGGAUUUUUAAAGGUGGCCACUGAGGAGCACCCUGCCCACAAAUUGACAUGGUUAGAUGAUUCUCCAAGAUGGACAGCUCAGUGGUCGAUGAGUAAAGAAAAACUCAAGGUGCUGGAGAAGCUUGUAGGAAAGCAAUUGGCAAAAGGUCACAUAGAAGAAAUUACAAGCCGUUGGAAUUCCCCAGUGUUUGUAAUUAAGAAACUAGGGAAGGAUGAAUGGAGGUUGUUACAUGAUCUCUGGGAAAUAAAAUUAUAGCAGACAUGGGAUCACUUCAACCAGGGAUUCCCUCCCCAAUGAUGUUUCCUCAAAAUUGGAAAUUGGCUGUUUUAGAUAUUAAGGACUGCUUCUUUCAAAUUCCUUUACACCCAGAAGAUGUUCCACGGUUUGCCUUCUCUGUUCCUACUAUCAACAGAGAAGCCCCAAUGAAGCGCUACCACUGGAAGGU